AUGGAUAUUACGCCCUCUGAUAACCCAGGUGGCUUCAUCGUUGAAUCUGAUGAUGAGCCUGAUGAGCCUGAUACAACAUCCCUUCUCCCGUUCUCCCGCAUCAGACCCAUCUUGCGCUCUCUCAAUCUCGACGAUAAUGAUGAGCAAGUGUUAGACAUUUUUAAGCAAGCGGCCUUAGGGUGGGGGAGUGGUGAUGCAGACGACAACGAUAUUGGCACUAUCCCCUGGCAAGAUUUCGCUUCGGUGGCAGCAGUCCUCGUUGCUCAGAGAGAUGCAGACAGGGAUUUGCAAGGUGAUGAAAUGGACGAUGAUGACGACGACGUGGAUGCAUACAAGCUUCAACCAGGCGACGAUGAUCUCAGUGAUCCGAGUGACCCGGGUGAUCCAAGUGACGCCGAGAGUGAUCGCGUAAGCGAUCUAGUUGAACAUGACAAACCCUCCAAGAAAAGUGAAAGGAAAGUAAGCCAGAAACAACACGACAGCAGCUUGGACACCUUCAGACUCUUCUUCCCAGACCCUCAUUUUGUCACUCAAGACUCAACUCUUUCUCUCAGCGACUUGAAACGCGUUAUCAGAUCGCUUAAAGAAAAGAUUAGUGAUGAGCAGGCGACAAAAAUGAUGUCUAUGGUGUCCACCUCUAACAACACUUCUGUAUCCUACCAAGACUUCACUCAGAUGCUACUAUACACCAAUCUCAUUUGA